AUGUCCCCUACUGAAAGCAUAGAAAUGACAACUGUCACUGUCCGGCACCAAGUUAAUGCCGAGCCGGAACCGGCAUCCUCAGAUUCGAUAGAGUCCAUUUCUCCAAUCGCUACUAUGAAUCAAUUAUAUGGAGAAGACAACCCAGAUGACUACCCAGAUGGAGGGUUUAAAGCCUAUUCGGUAAUUUUAGGAUCUUUCUUAGGGUUGAUUGUAAAUUUAGGAUUGAUCAAUUCUAUUGGUGCAAUUCAAGCUUAUGUAUCAACCCAUCAAUUACUGAAUCUUCCAGAAACUUCAAUUUCUUGGAUUUUUUCCAUUUAUUUAUCUUUAGCUUAUGCUGGAGGAUUGAUUACCGGACCAAUAUUUGAUAAACGAGGACCAUUAGAAAUAUUAAUUGUUGCUACUGGUUUUAUUUUCCUUGGAUUAAUGGGUGCUGCACUGAGUCUGAAAAUUUGGCAGUUUAUUUUAAGUUUCAUAAGUUUGGGUAUUGGAAAUGGAUUAGGAAUGACUCCAUUGAUUGGAGUUAUUAGUCAUUGGUUUUGUAAAAAAAGAGGAAAUUGCACAGGAUUAGCAACCAGUGGUGGAUCUGUUGGUGGGUUGAUUUUCCCUUUAAUGUUGAGACAUUCUUAUACUACAUAUGGAUAUACUUGGGCUAUUAGAAUUUUAGCAUUCACAUGUUUAGGAUGUAUGGUUUGUGCAAUCUUUUUAGUUAAGGAAAGAUUUAGAAAAGAUAAACAAGAUGAACAAGAAAAUGAAGAUAGUGAUGAAAUUCAAGUUAAGAAAUCAAAAUUCCUGUUUAGUUUAUUCAUCAGCAAAAUCCGAUCAAUGACUGUAAGUGAUUUCAAGUAUAUUUAUGUUAUUCUUGGUGCAUUCUUUGCCGAGUUGUCAUUGGUUUUGUUGGUUACAUAUUUUGCAUCAUAUGCUAUUGCCCACGGAGUUUCAGAAUCCACUUCAUAUUUAUUGUUAACAGUAUGGAAUGCUACUGGUAUAUUGGGACGUUGGAUCCCUGGUUUUACAUCUGACAUAUACGGCAGAUUCAAUAUUAACAUUCUCAUGUUGAUCUCCUAUUGUCUUUGUAUAUUUGUAUUGUUGUAUCCAUUUGGAUCAAGUUUAAAAGUUUUAUAUGCUUUCGCUGGUGUUGGCGGUUAUUGCUCUGGUUCAAUUUUAGGGUUAUUACCUGCUUGUUUAUCUCAAAUCACCCCUGUUAAUGAAAUUGGUACUAAAUAUGGUAUUUUAAAUGCAAUCUUGUCAUUGGCUAAUUUGUUUGGUAUUCCUAUUGCUGCCGCAAUUAUCAAAAAUGGAACACCAAGAGAAUAUGAUCAUUUUGUAAUACUAGUCGGAUGUUUGGCUGUUGCUGGUACAUUGUUCUGGUAUUUCAGUAGAGUAGCAAUUGUCGGGUUCAAGAUGAAUAUUAAGGUAUAG